UAUUAUAUUGUUCAUCGAAACAGACAAUUAAUUAAUAUAAAUAAUAAAAUAGAAAUAUCUGCCAUUUUAUGUGUGUCGUUUCAAUGUGUGCUGUGCUCCCCUUUUUUUCUCUCUUUCCUUUUAAUAUUCGUUCACACUUUUGGGGGUUUUUCGGAUGUUGUUGAAUUUUUUUGGAGGUUUCUUUAAAUAAGGUUCACCUCAACUUCAGACAAGAAUUUUUCCAGACAGGGUUUAAUUUUUUUGUCUUAGUAAAAAUGGGAUCUUGCUGCAGUGUUCGAAUAAGAGCUGAUACUCGCCAUGAUGGACCGAGUUCGUCGGCUCCAUUGACACCUCGGAAAGAGGUCGAUACUUUGGAGUCGACAAAUUUGAAUAGCUUCGGAUUUAACGACCUAAAAGUAGCUACUAGAAACUUCCGCCCCGACAGUGUGUUGGGCGAGGGCGGAUUCGGUUGUGUAUUCAAAGGUUGGAUAGACGAGCACACGUUUAAAGCCGCUAAGCCGGGCACCGGAGCUGUUAUUGCUGUCAAAAGAUUGAAUCAAGAAGGCCCGCAAGGCCACAAGGAAUGGUUGACAGAAAUCAAUUUUCUGGGACAGCUGUACCAUCCGAAUCUAGUGAAAUUGAUUGGUUAUUGCUUAGAGGAUGAACAUCGGCUCUUAGUGUACGAGUUCAUGCCUCGAGGCAGCUUGGAGAAUCAUCUGUUCAGAAGGACGAAUCAUUUUCAGCCGUUAUCUUGGAACCUACGAAUGAAGAUAGCUCUCGGCGCAGCAAAGGGGCUAGCGUAUCUUCAUAGCCCCGAAGCGAAAGUCAUUUAUCGCGAUUUUAAAGCAUCCAAUAUCUUGCUUGAUGGGAACUAUAAUGCGAAGUUGUCUGAUUUUGGAUUGGCCAAGGAUGGGCCGAUGGACGGUAAAAGUCACGUUUCUACGCGAGUUAUGGGUACUUACGGCUAUGCUGCUCCCGAGUACAUGGCCACAGGACACCUCACGGCAAGAAGCGACGUGUACAGUUUCGGGGUGGUUCUUCUCGAGAUGCUGACCGGACGAAGGGUGCUGGACAAGAACCUUCCACAAGGGGAGCAGAAGCUUCUAGAAUGGGCGGGACCAUUCUUGGGGAGCAAGCGUAAAGUACUACGAGUAAUGGAUGCUCGUAUACAGGGCCAAUACUCUCCAAGGGCAGCACUAAAGGCAGCAAAUCUUGCUGUAAAGUGCUUAGCUUUAGAGCCCAAAUACAGGCCCACUAUGCCCGAAGUCGUCAAAGCGUUGGAACAACUUCAAGACACGGGAAUUCUCGUAAAGACCGAACCACCGAAGCAGCAGCAGCAACAGCAGCAGCAUCGUCGUCAUAAUUAUAGGACUUAUAAUAAUACUAAUAAUAAUAAUAUGGGACGUUUGGGCAGAAACGGUGCUGCUAAUUACCCGAGGCCGUCGCCUUUGCAUGUUAAUGUUGUUGUUGCUUGAGAAAGAAAAAAAUGGGGGGAUUUAAUUUGUUUGUAAUUUUUGUUGAGUUAUAUCUAUCACACUUGAAGAAACUGUGUACAGUGAUUCUUUGCCCUUUUUAUUUUGGUUGCUAAAAAUCUCUGUUUAUUGUUUGUUUAAGGUUGGCAGUUAAAAGGAAAUUUAGGAAAGUAA